AUUACCGACACGCCAUUGUUCGAUCAUACUAAAUAUAUAACUGUUUCUAUGUGGUGCGUCGGUACACAUUUGGCAACGGUCACUUCCUCAUGCUUACUGCAUGCACAAAACAACCAUCACUUCUCAAUGCUCCAGUUAAAAAUAAACUCUGCUCUCCGAGAGCAUAAGACUGAGUUUCUUUCACCUCAAACCCAACUGACAUUUCAAAUAUUGCAUACGGGGGACAAGAAUAAAACUUACGAGGUUCGGUCAGACGGGCACCGAAAUAAGAAUUGGCCGGACGUUUCAGUCCGAAAUCGCAACACAUGAAAACUAGGUGCGCGUGUCAAAAUGAAUACGAAGAGAAAUAAAAAUAAAAAUCGACCAAAUAAAACCCCUAACCCCAACCCCCCUCAAAAAGUCGAGGAAGUUGUGCCAGCCAAGAAGGAGGAAGAAGUGAAACAAAUAACGGAAACUGUUGCAAGUGCUCCAAAAAUCGAAGAACGUGUGCCCGAAAUAAUCAGUGAUGUUUUACAACAAACAGUGCUAGACGGUGAAGGAAAAAAUGACGAAAUACCAAAAAAACCGAAGCGGAACAGGGGUAAGAAGAAAAAUCAGGACUCAGAUACUCAUGUCGAUACCCAAAUCAUCAACGCGGAAAGUGAUGUUUUACCAGAAGUACUUUUGGAUACAUAUGUAGCACCAAGUGUCCCUAAAAAGAAAAAUAAAGCCAAAAAGUCCACUGAACCUACACCGGAUGUGUCUGAGAAAACUGAGGAAAAAGAUACGGCUUUGCGAGAAGAAGCAAAAAUUACCGAAAUAGUUGAGGUCAAAGAACAAAUGACAAUAUCUACUAUUGAAAAUCCAUCUGAACAAGAAGGAAAAUCUUCAAAGAAGAAAAACAAAAAGAAAAAACACCGUACGGACUCAGAAAAAUCUGAAAAAGCAGAGGAGCUUAGUUGUAUUGCCGCAUUUCAGAAACUACUAAAAGAUGAAAAAAGCGAUGUUACAAAAGAAGACAAAAUAGAAGACAUUGUUUCUAUUACUCAAAGACAAAGAGAUUCCGAAAAAAAUAUAUGUAGUAAAAAAGAUAUGAAAAAUAAAAAGAAAGAUUUUGGAGUUGAAGAUUCAAAACUAGAAGAAGUUAAUGAUUUAUCAAAGCAACCUCUAUCUGAAUGUAGUCAAGGAAAAAAGAAAAAUAAGAAAGACAAAAAGAAUAUACAAAAGGAAGAAAAGCUGGUUGAUGAAGUUUCUGACAUGGAAGUGAAAGCAACAACUGAAAUUAAUUUAGAGCCAACUCCUCUUCAACUUGAUACAUUAGAUAUCAAAAAAGAUAUUAUGAUUACAGAAAAUUUACCUCAAACCGAUAUUUUUGAAACCAUUAUUCACACGGAAGCCUCUUGUGAAGCUAAACCCAAAAUUGCAAGACCUGUGGAGAGAAAACGAAAAGGAAAGGAAAGUAAUAAAACCAAGAAUAUACUCCCCGAUACCACUGUCAAAGAUUGCGACACUGUUAUGGUGGAAGAAAAAUUACGAGAAACAUCAGCUCAAAUCCAAGAACACCAAAAACAAAUUAAAAUAGAAGUACAAGACUGUCAAAUGCAAUCUCAGGAGGCGCUUAAAGUUUCAACAGACAAACAUCCCACGGACAUAAGUACAGUGAUUACGCCUGACUUUCAAAUGGGGAAAAAGAGGAAAAACUCGCCAAAGCCGAAAGUACACCAGGUAACAGACUCUGAUACCACUGUCAAAGAUUGCGACACUGUUAUGGUGGAAGAAAAAUUACGAGAAACAUCAACUCAAAUCCAAGAACACGAAAAACAAAUUAAAAUAGAAGUACAAGACUGUCAAAUACAAUCUCAGGAGGCGCUUAAAGUUUCAACAGACAAACAUCUCACGGACAUAAGUACAGUGAUUACGCCUGACUUUCAAAUGGGGAAAAAGAGGAAAAACUCGCCAAAGCCGAAAGUACACCAGGUAACAGACUCUAAUCCAACACAAGGUUCUGAAUCAAAUCAAAAUGUUGAAACGCUCAUGGGUAUAGUUAUUUCUGAAAUGGAAGAAAUCCCUAAAGAGAAAAAAAGUGUUGAAGAUAAAGAAGCUGUUUUAAAAACAGAACCUUCCGAAGAGGAUGUAAAAAAGGCAGAGAAAUCAAAAAAGAAAACAAAAAAGUUUCCCAAAUUCCCAGUGGAAAAGGAUAUUGAUACCAAGGAGCAAGUUCCUGGUGAAGAAUCGAAUAAAGAAAAACACACCAAAGAAGAGAAAGAGAUUCCUAAUAUUAACAGGACGGAAAAAAAACCCACUUCUCUAGAAGAUAUUGAAAUAAGAAGUCUUAGAGCGGAUGAGUCAGAAGGAUCAGAUAUUUGUGGUCUAACACCUGAUAUUCAUUAUCCUAGAGCAACAAGUCAAGAUUUUACUGAUGAUAAUAAUAACAUGUCUAUUCUAGAGAUUGCUUUUGUUGAGGAGACAAAAUUACGAAUUCCUGUUGUUAUUCCUGAUACACCAUUAAUAUGUGGUUCAGGAGAAACUCCUAUCGAAACACCUGAAAUUACAGUUGCUACAAAUAAAAAUAUAGAUAAAAAAAAUAAAAUGGAUCAAUCCACUGAUGCAGAAAAAACUGAUUUAAAAUCUAAAAUGAUGGAAGUUAAUCAAGACAUGGAAGAAUUAAGGCUGUCAAUAGAAAAAUCUUUAGCUGAGUUUACAACAUUAGAGAAAAAUGAAGAUGAAGUUGAAAAGGAAUUUGCGAAUAAAAAGUUGAUUUUUACAGAAAAAGCGCUACCAACAAAUGUUAAACAAGAAAUGCCCAGUGAAAUGAUUGCCAAAACGAAAUCCGAAAAAGAAAAAGUGUCAUCGCAAGAAAUCAUUGAAAGCCAGGAAUCAACAUCUAGUGCAAACAAGACACCAAUAAUUGAAGAAUCUUUUAUAACAGCAACAGUUCAUAGUGAAGAAAAAGGUGACGAAGUUAAAAAUAUAACAGAAGGCAUUGCACUGGCUGUCACUAAAUCAGUUGAUUCCCCUAAGUUAUUAGAAAAAGUGGAAGAAUCAGUACCACCUCCUGAAAGUAUAGCUAAGAAAGAGCACAAGAAUAAAGGAAAAUCGAAAAAGAAAGGAAAGCAAGAUUCUGUUGGGUCUUCUUCUGUUCAAAGCGAAACUUUAACUACUUCUAUUGCAAGAUCGUCUUCAGAACAUGAGAAAACUGCAAAAACAGAACAAAAACCUGAAAAAAAGACAGAUAAUUCUGGAAAACAAGGGAAACAACAGUCGCAGCUAUCAACCGGCGACAAUAACAUAUCUCGAUGUGAACAAGAAUUGGAUCAAGACAUAACUGAAUUUGAUCCGAUAGAAAACUUUGAAGAUGCUAUGACUUCUAGUGCUGAUGAUAUAAACAAAUCGUUUGAAAUGAUCGCAAAUGAUGCCAACCAAUUGGAAGCUUCACAUGUAAAUCCCGAAAUAAACAUCACGGCGCCUGUAGAAGAUGAAAAGCAGGAGGUAAAAGAUGAAAAGAUUAAACCUGUUUCACAGCCAAAAAACUUGUUAGGCCACCCCGACAUACCUGUACGAUCGAGUAAAAUUGACUACAAAAAAGAGAAGAAUAAAUCACCAAAUGAAACAUUAGCUAAGGUGAAGAUAAAAGACUCCAUUGCAGUAGAAGCAAAGAGAGAAUCAAAACAAUCGCAGACUGACAAUAUAAGGAAGUUCAUGAAAAAUAAAUCGAUCGAUGAAUCUAUUUCUUUGGCUGAUGAUAAUGAAGAUUUUGUCUACAAGUACAAUUUCAGGAAGGUGUUCCUACAAAGUACAUGCCACGUUUGUAAGAAGGACUUGAAGCAAUCUAGAGUAGCUUGCAGCUACUGCAGUUUGGUUUUCUAUUGCAGCGGGAAACAUAAAGAUGAGGAUUGGCCACAACAUCAAGCGUUGUGCUUCGCUGUUUCAACAAUUGGCCAUUUGAAAGACCAGAAGCACAUCUACGCUGACGCCAAGAACGUCACUGGCCAGAAUUAUCGUCUUCUCAGGAUGCAGAUGAUCGUUUCUUGCGAGAAGGUGCUGAAGAGACGUCUGCUACCCUGGGAGCAGGAAGCGCUGCUGUAUCCCAGGAUCUGUGCAGAAGUCAGCUGCCGAGAGUGGCGGCAGAGCAAGCUGGUGGACUGUGAUGGCUGUAGUCAGAUAUCCUACUGUUCCGCUCAACCCGAUCACUUGCCCAAGUCCCACCAGCGCUGGUGCAAGUCCUACAGCUUGUACCAGAAACUGGUGAGCCACCAGCAGACCAAGGGCAGGCUGGAGCCGAAGCUGCCCAGCAAGGUCCUCAUGGACUUCCAGAUGCCGGAGAAGAUCAACGAAGUUCUAGCGUCGAUGUAUGAAGAGAAAAUUGAUAUGAGUGACAUCCAGUACGCAGCAUUGACACAGAUGGCUACAGCUCCACUCACCGCAGCGUACUGCUAUCAAAUCGCCACCAGAACAUAUCAACUCACCAAUGGACUUCACAAGAAGUCGACGUGCACCAUCCACGUGGUGGACGCUGAGCUUCAGUUUGAAGCUGACUCCUUAAACAAAUGGGAGAUAUUCUUCCUUCACUUGGUGCCAGUGGAUGAGCUGCGAGUAGUGAUGGUCUCCACUAACCUCAACCCUGGCGACCUGCCGCUGGAACUACUCAGCAAGAUCAAGGGUGAUCAUAAUGACGGUGACGCACGAGAUAAUAAAUAUGAUCUCAUGCGUCAGAAGGGUGGUAGUCAGUCUCCAGCAGACUCCAAAUUUGUCUGGAGGGUGGUAGUCAGACUCCAAAUUUGUGUGGAGGGUGGUAGUCAGACUCCAGCAGACUCCAAAUUUGUCUGGAGGGUGGUAGUCAGUCUUCGGCAGACUCCAAAUUUUUAUGAGAUGCUAUGUGAGACCUGUCGUGUGCACAAGCGAAGACUUGUGUUCAGCUUUCACGACAAACAGUCUUACUACGAGUACUGGGCUGGCGAAGACUUUGUUAUGCCGAAUAUAGUCUGCGCCUUCAACGCUAAUAUCGAUCGAAGUUCCACGUAUAACGUCAAACCGGACCCCUGGCCUAAAACCAUAAACUGCAUCCUUAAACAGAGAGUACCUUUCCUCAUAACAGCUCAUACUGUCAACGAAUUGAAUAAAGACUUAGCCAGAAUACAGGAAUAUGCUGAACAGAAAUUUAAAGUUAUCAUCGAGCCAAGAAUCAACAGUUUUGCGAGCGUUAGACCUGAUAGAAACUUUAUCACCGAUGAUGAAAUUCCUCUGUUGUUCAAGAAUUAUUGUUACACGCUCCUGAUUGGUGUACAAUAAAUUAGGUUAAUCGGUUUUGUGUUUUGUAUGAAUAAAUUUGUUGGCAAUUGUUUUGUAUUUUCAUUUGACGUUUUUAUAUCACCAUGCAGCCGGAUACCAAAGGCUUAAUGCCUCCUUAAGGCACUGAAUCUUUUUUUAUCUCGGCUCCUUUCUGCUUUACAAGUAUGCUAAAUUCCUUCCCAGAUGCGCAAUUCGACAACCUCCGUGGCCGAGUGGUUUGUACGCCGGGUUUCAUGGCUGUCGCCGACUCGAGAGGUCCCGGGUUCGAAU